UGCCCAGAACUCUCGGUAUGAUAUGCCUUUAAGAAACCAGAAUGCGUGGCGAUAUCUCCGCCCAGGAAAAGCCGUGCGAGGGAAUCUUCUUUGGCACAUCUCAUCUUACAAAACCUCAAAAAUUUUGCAACAACCUGGCGGGGCCCGGUAGUGGGUAGGCAAUGAACAGGCCAGGUGCUUGCAACAGAGAAAGCGGCCCCAGAAAAAAAUCGUUCGCUCGGUCACCCUUAAAACUGGAAAGUGCAUGCAUGCCGCUCGGUGUUUGAGGCGCCGCGUCAAAAGCCGCAUCCGAGACCGGAGACUGGAACUCGGGAUGCAAUGUACGAGAAGGGAAUACUCUGAUGAAUGUGUGCAGUUGCUGUAAACAGACAAGAACGCAUGGGCCGAGUCUCUUGCCGCUACAGCCUGAUCGGGAGCCCGAAGCAUAUAAAGGGCCAGGUAAAUCCUCCCCUCAGUGUCCACUAAUUACUCAAAUCACUCACUGCUCCUUACCAUGUUGUCUGCUUUUAUUCCUCUCGCUUCUCUCUUGGCCCUUGCUCAAGCCGGCUAUGAAACCUACCCAACGGUAGCCAAAACUGCAUCGAUCAAUGGAUUUGCUGACAAGAUCUACGAUCGAUUGCCCGUUUGUGCGCAAGCAUGUGUCUCGGAGUCCACCUCUUCCACCCCUUGCCCAUACUGGGAUUCGGGGUGUCUCUGCGUGAUGAGCAACUUUGCCUCCAACAUCGCCGACUGCUUUGCCGGAAACUGUGUGGGGGACGAUGUGCAGUCCGCCAGGUCCUUGGCCACUUCCAUCUGUUCUAGUGCGGGUGUCCAGUCCCCACAUUGGUUCAUUGAUUCCAGUGCCUCUUCCUCAUUGGCUGCCGCUGCUCUUAAAGUGGCCUCAGUCGAGCCCACCGCCGCCGAAACUACCGCUGCUGAAACCACUGCUGCCGAGUCCCCUGCUGCCGUCAGUACUGCAAACACUGAACCUGUUGCUUCCACUUUAGAAACUGAAAACACAGCAUCCACUUCUGCUGCUGUCACCCGGGCUAUUUCUAGUACGGAGACCGAAUCUGCCCACACCGAAUCUGCCCACACCGAAUCUGCCCACACCGAAUCUGCCCACACCGAAUCUGCCCACACCGAAUCUGCCCACACCGAAGCUUCUGCCUAUGUUUCUUCAAUGACCUCUGCCUCCGAGUCCACCAUGAGCUCGUUUUCCUCUGCAACUUCUUGGUCCACACCAGCCGUGUCUUCCGCUUUCAAUGCUGCUGGAAGUGCCGUCCCAGCCGCUGCGUGUGGCUUGGCUGCAGGUGUCGCUUUGAUCCUCUAAGUGUCUUGUAUGCUGAACCUGUGUCUGUUUUUUUAUGUCAAAAAUGCCUUCACUGUAGUUGGGCUGUUCUGAUUUGUUUGUUACUUGUGUAUCUCAAUACUACGUGAAUGUUAUCACAGCCUUUCGAGCUCAUAGUUUUCUGAGCGUCCACCUAAAAAAGGGACAAAA